UGCACUUCCCAGUUCGAGAGCGAGCGAGGAAGAGAGAGACAGAGAGAGGGCGAGCGCUCGAGAGAGAGCGAGAGGGAGAUAUGGACGAAGAAGAUGUAGAGAAAGCAGUGAUAGCGUAUUUGAAGAAGAAGGGUUUCAAGCAGACGGAGCUUGCGUUCCAAGAAGAGCAGCAACAACACAGCAAGAACUCGUCCUCCAACAACUCCUCCGCCAACUCUCAAACCGAUCCCGACGUCGUCAAACCUCUUCUCUUCUUCACCGAAUCAGAGAAUAUUCCAGCACAGUACCAUGAUGGAUACAGUAAGCUUAGGUCAUGGGCGUAUAGUUCACUGGAUUUGUACAAGCAUGAGUUGCUUCGUGUUCUCUAUCCAGUAUUUAUCCAUUGUUUUAUGGAUCUUGUGGCAAAAGGUCAUAUUCAAGAAGCCAGGACUUUUUUCAAUAGCUUUCGUGAAGACCAUGAGAUGAUGCACUUAAGGGACCUCCAGAAAUUGGAAGGUGUUCUUUCUCCCUCACAUCUGGAGGAAAUGGAGUUUGCCCAUUCUUUGAGGCAGAGCAAAGUGAAUAUAAAGAUAUGCCAGUACUCUUAUGAGCUUCUGCUGCAAUAUUUACACAAGAGUCAAUCCAUUACAAUGCUUGGAAUUAUUAAUGAGCAUAUUAACUUUCAAGUUUCUCCUGGACAGUCUAGCUCUAUUUCCGAUGAUGCUGAAGUUGUUACACUUGUUGGUAACGGCCAGGAUGCUGCUAAUCUAAUCAAUCAGAAAGAAAUACACUGGGGGUUGCUUGAAGACUCUUUAGAAGACAGGUUAGAGAAGGCAGGAGGUUUGCUUUCAGAUUUGGAGAAAGUAGAUGGAGAAAGUAAGGAAGGUGACUUGGAUGACAGUAAGAAAAGAGCAGCAGAUGGAGGGAAGCAAGGUGCUACUCUCAAAAAGUUGAAGAAGGACAAAGUUGUUGGUACAACAGGGAAAGCUGCUCGUAGUGAGGGAAAUAUUGUGGCUGCAGCACCACGUGUGAAACCAGAACUUACUUUGCCAGUAAUACCAGCAGAUGUAGAGCAUUCUAUUAUUCAAGACCUAAGAAACCGUGUACAGUUAAGCAGCAGUGCCCUGCCUUCAGUCAGCUUCUACACAUUUAUUAACACGCAUAAUAGCUUAAACUGUUCAUCAAUAUCUCAUGAUGGAUCACUGGUUGCUGGUGGAUUCUCAGACUCGUCACUGAAGGUUUGGGACAUGGCAAAGCUCGGACAACAGAAUGACAGUUCUGUUUUGCAGGGUGAGAAUGAUUCAACACGGAGUGAACAUGUGCGUGGGAUAAAUGGCCAGAAAAGAUCCUAUACGUUAUUCAGGGGUCACUCGGGACCUGUAUACUCAGCUACUUUUAGUCCUUUUGGGGAUUUUCUCCUAUCCUCUUCAUCAGACUCAACGAUACGAUUAUGGAGCACAAAAUUAAAUGCAAAUCUCGUUUGCUACAAGGGUCAUAAUUAUCCUGUAUGGGAUGUUCAGUUUAACCCAAUGGGGCAUUAUUUUGCCAGUGCUUCACAUGACCGAACAGCAAGGGUUUGGUCUAUGGAUAGAAUACACCCUUUGAGAAUAAUGGCAGGGCACUUGUCGGAUGUGGAUUGUGUACAGUGGCAUAUGAAUUGCAACUACAUUGCUACAGGAUCUAGUGACAAAACAGUUAGAUUGUGGGAUGUACGGAAGGGGGACUGUUCUAGAAUAUUCAUUGGUCACAGGAGUAGUGUUUUAUCUUUGGCAACGUCACCUGAUGGUCGCUACAUGGCGUCUGGUGAUGAAGAUGGCACAAUCAUGAUGUGGGAUCUUUCAACUGGUCGUUGUGUGACUCCUUUGAUGGGUCACACCUCCUGCGUAUGGACACUUGCUUUUAGUUGUGAAGGUUCGCUUCUUGCAUCUGGGUCUGCUGAUUGCACUGUAAAAUUAUGGGACGUCACAGCAAGUACAAAGGUGCUGAAAACAGAUGACAACAAAGCUGGAAAUACAAACAGACUGAGAUCGCUGAAGACUCUGCCUACCAAGUCCACUCCGGUCUAUACUUUGCAGUUUUCUCGAAGGAAUCUUUUAUUUGCUGCUGGCGCUCUCUCAAAAGGUGCUUGAGAUGCCAGAUUUGAUCAAAUACAGAGGUCGUGCAAAAUUUUGAGCAUCAACCACCACCACCUUGGAAUAUGUUGGUAUGGUACAAACUAGUUGUCGUUACCAUUCUUAGAUAACUUCCCUUCAUUCUCCCAUCAUCUUUACCAAUAUAAGUGAGAUUCAAUUUUCCAUUUCAUUUCUUGCUCGAUGAUAAUAUUGGAAGAGUACAAUUUUCUUAAUUUUGUAUUAUAAACUUUAUUAUUAGUGAUUUAUUUUCGUCGGCGCUCGCAUUGUACGAGUGAUAAAAUGAAUGCGUCUCCAUUUUUCCUUAGUCUUCUCGUAGCCCUGGCCAGUGCCCGGCUUGGACAUCUGUUGCCUCUGAUUCGAACUUUUGAGUCAGUUUAUUCGGGGACAAGGCCAGGUCAACUUAAUGCAUUUCUAGUUUAUUGGCCAAGCCUAUAUGUUUUCCCAUUUAA